GUGUCGAAAAGAUCGCAUCAUUCACAACCGUUGGAUCUUCAUUUCUAUCUUCUUCCUCCCUUCUCUCUCCCUCUCUCUCUCUCUCUGCCAUCUGACCUGUGGGUUACAGAUAUUCAAACAACUCACCCCCUAUCCUUCGCCUCUCUCUCUGGAUUCUAAAUUAGCUGAUUAGGGUUUCUCGAUUUGAUUCAAAACCAUUACCUGUUCAAGUAUCAAUCUCAAGAGACGAAGAUAAGAGAUAAACGAGGGAUCAAUGACGGAUUCGAGCGUGGAAAUGGCACAAAUCUUGGCGACGGCGAUGACGAAUUGGUGGGACGAGGUGAACGAGUCAACUCAGUGGCAAGAUGGGAUCUUUUUUGCUCUCUGUGGUGCUUACGCUCUUGUCUCCGCCGUCGCUCUUGUCCAGUUGGUUAGGAUACAAAUGAGAGUGCCUGAGUAUGGUUGGACUACUCAGAAGGUCUUUCAUCUUAUGAACUUUGUCGUCAAUGGAGUUCGUGCUGUUCUAUUUGGGUUUCACCAUCAAGUGUUUCUCGUGCAUCCUAAGGCUCUUUGCUGGAUACUAUUGGAUCUUCCUGGGCUCCUUUUUUUCUCUGCAUAUACGUUGCUCGUACUGUUUUGGGCAGAGAUAUAUCACCAGGCAAGAAGCUUGCCAACGGAUAAGCUGCGGAUAACCUAUAUUUCAGUCAAUGUGGCUGUAUAUCUGGCUCAGGUGGUUAUCUGGGUGUGCAUAUGGGUAAAUGAUAACAGCACUGUAGAGUUAGUUGGAAAGAUGUUUAUGUCAGUUGUGUCUUUCAUCGCUGCGUUAGGUUUCUUGCUUUACGGAGGAAGAUUGUUCUUUAUGCUAAGAAGGUUCCCUAUUGAGUCAAAAGGAAGAAGGAAGAAGCUCCAUGAGGUUGGAUCUGUGACAGCCAUAUGCUUCACCUGCUUCCUCAUAAGAUGCAUUGUGGUGGGUGUAUCAGCAUUUGACAGGGAUUUAACGCUGGAUGUUCUUGAUCAUCCGGUUCUGAACUUAAUCUAUUAUAUGGUGGUUGAAGUACUUCCAUCGGCACUAGUCCUCUUUAUUCUGCGUAAGCUACCUCCAAAGAGAGUAUCAGCUCAAUACCAUCCAAUCCAAUAGACUUCUGUCUGAAGCCUAUCACACGGUGAGUCUGAUGAUGUUUCAAGAGAGAGUAGAGAAUCAGUUGGGGGCAAAAAGACUAAAGAAGGAGAAAUCGUUGUGGAAUCUGCGUAAGUUUUUGGAUUGCAAGAUCAUAAAUGAUUUUACAGCUUUAGUACUUUCAUGUUACUACUUUGAAAAAUCUGGUCAGGACAAGAGGUUUAACAUUUGUUUGGAGUGUUUAUGUUAUAUUGGGAUUGAAAAUAAACAAACUGUUUAAUUUGGUCAUUAACUUAUUGGUAUCAUCUUCUUCACUUUUCUGAGUAUAUAUGUUUUCGCAUCCAAUAUUUUAUCUGGGUAAGCUGGGUUAAAA